AUGCAGGAAGGCGUGCGCUGUCACUGGUCGAUAGAGACGCGCGGAGAGCUAGACUACUAUAAUGUUGGCUACAUGCGGUGGCCGCCCUAUUCACCUGACCUAAAUCCUAUCGAAAGCACUAAAUUGCUGAGCAGCAUAGUCAUUGCGAUCUCGACCCACCAACGCUACGAAUUGUCCGCUAGGCAGGCAUGGGAUGCUGUUCCUGAAUGGUAUCUACAGAGACUUGUGGAAUCUAUGCAUAGCCGAGGCUUUGAGGUCAUUAAGAGAGAUGGUCAUGCUAAGGAUACAAGCGGAUUGAGGGGGUAG